AGCCUUUGGAUUUAAGCCGGCUUAGUCCUAUUGAGCGAAAGCUAAACCCUGGAGAGGCCCAGGAAGCCGAGAGGGGGAUGCGGUAGCCAAGACUCCAUCCUGCUCCGCCCCGGAUUAAAAGCCUUGGCAUCUGAAUUUUAUGAAGGGGGGGUGGGAUUGUCUGCGGGGCUCGAGAUCUCGGGGUUCCGCGUGGAGGCAGGAGUUGUGGAGAGCGGAAGAAGCUCCAGAUAAUUGGACAAGAACUCUGAGCUGGUCACUGAUAGGCCUUGGUUCCUGACAUCAAGCCCACAGUUGCGUGGAGCUGUUCUUUUAUAGUGUUAGUGUUAGCAUAGGAGGGCAAUGAAAAUGAGGAGGCUCCCAAAAUAGCAAGACAAUAAUGGGGAGUAAGGGGUGGGGGAAGGGAUAAGCCUGAAUUUGGAAAUAUCCCCAGCAAGAUAAAAUACCUGAUUUGGGUACAUAGGUGUGGCUGAUUAAGUGUGUGAGGUAGGAGUUCAGGCAACAUUUGACAAGGAGGUGUGCCUGGUAAAGAAAAUGGAGAAGGUGCCAGCAGGGCCAGGACCAACAGAGGCACCAGAACGAACAGGAAGGGACCAUUUUGCCAUUCAGCCUAGGAUCAGAUGGGAACUACCCCAUGAGGCAAUGUUACAGCCAGAGAGCAUGCCUAUCCAGUGGUGGGAAUAUCUGAAGACUCUGCCCUCUCCGGCCACGGUAUGGGGCAGCCCAGGCCUCCCAGAUCUGACUUCUUGGGAUGACUUGAUCGCUUUUGAGAGAGUGUUUGGCGUCUGUCAGUGGCCUCGAGGUGACGGGGUGACCAGACUGAAGCCGGCUUUCAGGGCAGAAGGCCAGCAAGCGUUGAGCGGCAAGAACACUAGAGGCAAAAAAGGCAGUGGGAAAGUCAAGACCAUCUUCCUGCACGAAAACUCCCCCAGCACGGAGCUACACCGCCAGCGCUUCAGGCAAUUCUGUUACCAGGAAGCCGAGGGGCCUCGGGAGGUCUGCGGCCGCCUGCGGGAGCUCUGCCAUUGCUGGCUGGAGCCAGAGUGCCGCACCAAAGAGCAGAUUGUCGAGCUGCUGAUUUUAGAGCAGUUCUUGACCGUCUUGCCUCAGGACAUCCAAAAUCAGGUCAGGGAACGUAGCCCAGAGACCUGUGCCCAAGCAGUGGCCUUGGCUGAAGGCUUCGUUUUGCGGCAGCAAGAAGACAAGCAGCAGGAGGAGCAGGGGACUCAAUCAUCUCAAGAUGUGGCUGUGGAUUUUUCAAAAGCACGGAGAGUGUCAGUGGAGGUCAGGCAGCAGCAAUCGGGCACCCGGAGAAGGAGGGUGGAUAUUGUUAACCUCUCAAUGGGUGUCAAUCUAGCUAGCAGAACCGAGGAGCUGGAACAGCAGCAUCUGGAUUCCAAGAAAGAGGGGAACGUGGCAGUCCACCCAAUCUCAGGCGGAACCCAAAGGAGAGAGAAAAGCCAUGUUUGUCUCGAAUGUGGCAAAAGCUUCACUCGCCCCUCAGAUCUGGCAAAACAUCUUAAUGUUCACACAGGCGAAAGACCCUACCUUUGUGUCGAGUGCGGGAAAAGCUUUAGCCAGCUUUCCCAUCUCACAAGACAUCAGAAAAUCCACUCGGGAGAGAAGCCUCACAUCUGUUCCGAGUGUGGAGAUACCUUCAGCCAACGGGCAUAUCUUGUCAGCCAUCAGAGGAGUCACUCGGGAGAGCAGCCAUAUCACUGUUCUUAUUGCCAGAAAUGCUUCAGCCACCAGUCUGCUCUGAAGAUCCACGAGCGGAACCACAUGGGCCAGAAGCCCUAUGCCUGCACUGACUGUGGGAAACGGUUUGUGUCCUCCUCUUCUCUCACGACACACAGAAGGAUCCACACAGGAGAAAAGCCUCACGCCUGCGGGGUGUGUGGGAAAAGGUUCAUCCAACACUCCAACCUGGUCUCUCACCAGCGAACGCACUCGGGGGAGAAGCCGUUUUCCUGUAAGGUGUGCAGCAGGAAAUUUGCCUACCCUUCGGAUCUUACUCGGCACCAAAAAAUCCAUACAGGAGAGAAGCCUUACGCCUGUGAUGAGUGUGACAGAAGAUUCACCAGGCUGUCUGAUCUCAUUACACACCAACGUAUCCAUACAGGAGAAAAACCGUACCGUUGCCUUGAGUGUGGGAGAAGAUUCAGGCAGAGGGGCGUGCUGGUGAAACAUCAGAGGUGCCAUUCAAAAGAAAAUCCAAAAGGAAGUGAGGCCCUCCAGUCCACUGAGUCUCAAGCUAAAAGUCCAUUCAAAACUCAUGAGAUCAAACUGGUGAAAGAACUGGAAGAUCAGGAGGAGGAACCUAGCUUGAUUCUCUCUCCCAGUCCCUGAUGCUUAUCACUCUUGUUCUGCUGCUUACAGAGGGAUCAAUCAUUCUAUAGGAUAAAGAAUCAACUCCUUUUUCUAGUCCUCUACUACUGACUAGAAAGUGGACAUGAAGGUUGAUGACGACGACAUAAUGAAGCAAGUUGUGCUCUCUGUUUUGUGUUUUUAUAAAUAACACUCCAAAAAGAGAAGGGACAUUUAUAGAUGGAAUUGUAACUUCAGGAGAGGAAAAAGCAGGAAGAGUAAUCUUGCCUUUUUCUUUAUUAUAUGGCUGUUUUUUCUAUCUGCAAACAAUAAUUUUUUGAAGCAGCUGAAAUAAUGCAGAUGACUCUGUGGGCAGCAAUUGGAGUAAACUUUUUCCAAGUAACUAACUGUCUUUUGCUAGUCAGGUAAAAGAGGAAUAGCUCUCUUUUCGGAAAGAAUAGCUUCCGAACAAUUCAAGUGAGACAGAACCUGAACACACCUGGUAUGUUCAAGGCCCAGUUAGGACAAUGAUUGCUUUUACUUUAUAUGGUGAUUUAAAUGCAGUUUUUCUCUGCCUAGGAAAUAUCAGGCAGAAACUGGAAAAGCAGACAGAUCAUCUUAAGGUCACCAGGCUUCAGGCAAUAUACAGGAGCGCUGCUGAGAUAAUGGUAUGAGCUGGUAAUCUUUCUAGAUUGGCAACGAUGAUAGCUCUGUCAGCUUCUACUUCUUUAUAUUAAAACCCAAGCAGCUGUCAAUCCUUCUGGGAUACUGGAUACCAUCCUCUCAUUUCUGCCCUAGCUCAUCUCCAGUAGAAUUUGAAGAAUGAGGAUAUGAUAAGGAUACAUUUUUAUCAGGUUGGGCCUUUGGCACCAUCUAGCUUAAAUGGCCACAUAUCCCUAAGAGGUCAGAAAAGGCAACUUUCCCAGUUUGUGACUAGAAAUUCUUGAAAGGAGCUUUUGUAAGCAUGUUAGUUGUGGACUGCACCAUUAACUCUAGUAUGACUUCUGAGUUACACUACCUAAAGUUUUAUUCUGAGAUUUAUUUUUAUAAAUUAUGGCAAGCAGACAACUCCCAAAAGUAUGGAACUUCAUUGUUUGUUCCACGCUUGUAUAUAGUCUGACUGAUAUGAUCCAGGCAACAAACAUACCUCUCCCAGUUGUAAUAUUUAAUGAAGGAAAAGUCAUGGAUGAAGCUCUAGAUUGCAGAUGGAGAUGUGAGCAAAAGGACGAAUAUGUAAAUGUAGUUUGUGCAUUGUGAGAACUUGUAGCAAAUGAGCUCAUCUUUUAUUGGCUGCUGCUAUUUUUAUUUUAUUGAGACCUGGCUUCAGAUGUAGACAGACAAACUUAACUUGCUCAAUUGUAUCUAUGAAAUGUUCUGGAACUGUAGGAGGCAAAAUAGAUAGCAAUUCAGUGUAUCUCGGUGGCUGAUGUCCCACUGCUGUUUUCUGGCCAGCAUCACUAUUUAAAUAAAUAGGAAUAAAUUGAAUACAAAAUUGGUAAAUUUAGGAUUGGUACCAUCCUAAGGGAGGAAAUAAUAGCGCCUGAGACUGCUCUAUUGAUGAUAAUAAAGUGAUACCUGUUCUAAAAGUGUAGGACAUAUUUUAGAACAAAUUCAAAUCUUUGAUACAAAUUCAGAAAAGUCCUACCUACAACUUUAGGUAGGUCUAUGCAUAAGAUUCUGAAAUGGUCAAGAAGAGGUUAUAUUUAACAUUGCAUUAAAGAGGUUAUUAAUUUUCAUAAUUGUGAAGAUAAAAUUUAUAAAUACGCUGGUAAAAUUCCAGAAGCAAGGAAUGCUUAUCCAGAGCCAGAUGUCAAUCAUUAAGCAUUUGGGCACUUCAAUAACUUUUUCUCUCCUCCAAUAAUGAACUAACACGAAUGGCAAGAUAUCCCUUUCAGCAGACUUCCAAUGCAUAAAUCACAUACUUUUAGAAGAUGCCUAACAUAGAGGCAAAAAAUACUGACAGUCUGACAUGAUUUUAAUAAACAGAUCUAUGGUCCUAUA